AUUAUUCCAUAUAAACCAAAAGCAAUGACUUUUAAGUCUUGAUCUAUUCUAUACAUAUAGAGUAUCUACUGUUAAUUCUCAGUUCGCUACUAACCCGAUCUAUGUCGAAUGGUUCGCUCACGCACCGCUCAAACAGAGCUGACGAUGAGUCGCCGCAAGUUAAUACAGCCACCACCACCACCACCACCGGAAAACCAUCGAAAACGAGCAUCCACGUGACGGCACUGGACGGAAUAGUGAAUGUGAACUCCCUCUUCACGGUGGCGAUCUUCAUCGGCUUCUCCCUGACGGAGCCUUCCGCCAGCGGCACCGGCCACCGCCCGUCAUGCAACGCCGCCUACGGUCUGGUGAGGAGGCUGAUAGUGUACGAGGUCGUCUCCUUCAGCAGCUUCCUCUUCUCUUCGCUCAUCGCUCAGAGCCUCAAGCUGGUCAUCAACCUGCUCAACAACUUGGAUCCGGGCGACGCGCACAAGGCAGAUAUCGACCCGCGGGUCUUGAAAACCGGGCUGCUCGGAUCCGCUUUGGGUUCUUUCGUCGGGUGUGUUUUCUUGAUGCUGUCUUUUUCUAAUUUUGUUCAGGUGAAGCUCGGCGUGUUUUCUUGUGGAGGCGAGUCUUUGUGGUCGGUUGUGAUAUUGGGUGUUUUCGUGGGUUUUGCUCUAUUGGUUUACUUGUUUGCUUCACUUUAUGCAUUGUGUUUUAUUUAGAUUUAUCGAUUUACGAGUCGAUUUGUUUUGACAUUAUGAAUGGUAAAAAGAUAUGCCUAUUGAAGUUACCCGAUUUUGAA